GCGGUGCUCGGACGCCGGCGCGGGCGGCCAAAGGCCACGGGAGGGCGCGGGCGCCGCCGAAAAGCGGGGCGUGAGGUCGCAGCCGCUGAGGCGCGCGCCUUCACACAACACCGCCCCCCGCAAGUGCUGCCGGCUGCUUCCGGCUGGGGUGCGAAUGUGGCCGCCGUGCCGGGCACUCCGGGCUCAGGCCCUGGUCCUGGCGCGGUCGCAGGGAGCCCGCGCCUGCGGCGGGGACGGAGGCGUCUCUUACACGCAGGGCCAGAGCCCCGAACCCCGGACACGCGAGUACUUCUACUACUUGGACCAUCAGGGCCAGCUUUUCCUGGAUGAUUCCAAAAUGAAGAAUUUCAUCACCUGCUUCAAAGACCUGCAGUUCCUGGUCACCUUCUUCUCCCGCCUGAGACCCAACCGCACCGGGCGCUACGAGACCUCCUUCCCCUUCCUUUCGCCCUGUGGCAGAGAGCGCAACUUCCUGCGCUGUGAGGACCGGCCUGUGGUCUUCACGCACCUGCUGGCCGCGGGCAGCGGGCCCCAGCGCCUCUCUUACUGCGGCGGCGGCGAGACCCUAGCAGUGCCCUUCGAGCCGGCGCGCCUUCUACCCCUGGCCGCCAACGGGCGCCUGUACCACCCGGCGCCUGAGCGCGCGGGCGGCGUGGGCCUGGUGCGCUCAGCCCUGGCCUUCGAGCUGAGCGCCUGCUUCGAGUACGGACCCGGCGCGCCCUCGCUGCCCUCGCACGUGCGCUGGCAGGGCCGCCGCCUCGCUCUCACCAUGGACCUGGCCCCGCUGCUGCUCUCGGCUCAGCCUCCCUAAACCGCGGGCAGGGACGGGUCGGGAGACAGCCGGCGCGCCCAGCAUCCCCCUCUGCUCGCCGCGUACUCCCGGGCAUUCCUAGUGCACCGCCCCCUCCCGCCCCGCUUCCCCGCGGCGCCUGCUUUCGCGCCGGCCGAGUGCGCGUGCGCGCAGAAGCCGCCUCGCCUCGCCCUGCCCUGCGCUAUCCAUGGUGCUGCCGCGGCCCCGCCGUCCUGGACCCUCUGCUCUCCCGGCGCACCCGGCUCUGGGCGUCCUCCGGAUUGGCCCGCGCUCGCGACGUCAGGCCCAGGCGGCGAGCGCAGGAGGUGCGGGGUUCUGGUGCGCGUGCGCGAGCGUCCCUUGCCCCGCCGCUGCUUGGGCCUGGGCUGCCGCGGGCACGGUGGGGGAGCCGCUCGCCGUGGGAGCGCCAGGUGAGGAGCGCCCGGCCCAAGGUCAGCGGGCCUGGGGGCGGGAUCGGGAACCGUCCUGGCGGGGGUUGGGGGACGCAGAGGCCACGCCCUCCCUGAGCCCGGGCAGGGGCUGACCCGCGCUGGAGAGGGCGGGCAGGGGAGGUGGUGGGGAAUCCAGGCAGCAGGUCGCAAGGGCAGUUCCGGCAGCAGCGCUGCAGAGGUGGGCAAAGGCCGCCCAGAGACCCCGGCUCGGGCCUCAUACUGCAGCGGGGGUCAGGGGCGCACACAGAGCUGUCCUACCGCCCCUGCACUUUCGGGGCUCAGGAGACAGUGACAGCCCCCGCGGAAUCCUGGACGCCCCGCCCCCUGCCCAGCCGGAUUAGGAGGUUUUCCUCUGGUAAAAGGAUUUCUGGGCUCCUCCGGCCUGGGCCCUUCUACACUGAUCUGCAUCUGGUGGGUCCGUGUGAACAGCAGUGCCCUGAGUUCUGAGGAAGAGGAGGCCAAGCACCCUCUCUGCUGGAGGAGCCUUGCUGCUGGAGGCUGGGUGGGCCAGGCCUGGAGCCCUGGGCCAGCCCUUUGUGCUCAGAGAAAAGGAUCCUAGGGGCCUGGAGAAUGCCCUCAGCUCCCUGGGUUCACACACAUCCUGAGACAUCUUCUGCUGCCUGGGCCAAAGCUAUUCCAUUAAAACUUCAUUGCUGUGCUUACCUCA